AUGCUCCUCCGCGUUCCCGUCGUUUUUCUCUCCGGAUGUUUCGUAUCCAUUGCAAAUAUGUGUGGGUCUGGAAGAUUGCAAGAUUUGUCAUGCUUUGCUGACAGGAAAAAAAGAUCGGUCAUGCGUGUCACGCUACCGCACUGUGUUUUUGUAAUGCGAAAACGCAGUUCCACUUACAGUUUCAAUUUCCCAUGCAGUCGCAGUAUACGCAAGACCUAGUAGCUCAGAAACUUGUCAUGCGCGUCCCCCCCCCCCCCUUAUUCAAGGUUGCUUAGGAUUCGCAAGUUAGCGUCACAACUUUUCAAAUCCAGACAUAUUUGUAAUGCAUAUUGCGGUAUUCUACUCCAGUUCUACACUCUGCACGUGGAACAGCAGCUGGAACAAAACCCGGGGUACCAGGCCGCGUGUGACUUCACUGACGAAACGACGCAAGUGCCGAUACUAAGUCUGUUUUCCUUCCUCAAGGGGUAUCCUAAAGGGGGAAAGUAUACCCAUAACAGAAAAAAUUGGAUAGGUGCUGCUGUGUUAGUGUUUCUUUCACAAAAUAAAGAUGGUGAUGUGCCACGUGGCUUGGGUUCUGUCAUGCAAAAUGGAAGAUGCAAGCGGUUGCAUCUGCAUGAGAAGGUUUUCGGUCAUCUGUGUGUUUGCUAUGCUGGCCGUUACCGUCAACUAGAAAGACACACGAAAUGCGCCACUGGCAUGGAAAAUUUACUAGAUAGUUUUUUCGUGGUAUGGGUUUACUUUUCUGUAGGAUAAGUGGUCGAGUUGCAGCAAGGUGUUUCAAUCCUCCUACGCUAGAUUGCUGAGCCAUUUUGGAUAUCCACUGCAACUAGGUCCUCGGGAAAGAACCGAAUUCGUGAUGCGUGCUCGGAUUCAGGCAAAAAAAUCUCUGUUGCGUCUGCUCCCAAAGUUUAGCUUGACUUUAGCCACCUCAAGAGCGAACUCGGAGGGAGGAGCAUGGAGAAUGAAGUCCUCGAACAUUCUGUCUUGAUUCUGUGUGCAUGAUUCCAUGCCAGCUGCGUAAUUGAAAAAAUGCAUGACAAAGAACGAGUGCACUCUUCCAAGCCGAGACAUGUUUGCAGUGCAUAUUCGGCUGGUCGAGAGGCACGGGAAAUACGAUUUUACCCUUCCGUAUUUCGGGCUGGUCUAUUUUAUUCUCGUCCUGACGUUCCCAGCUGGAAGAAAGUGGAAAAAAAUUGCUGCCUUUGACUUCGUGCCCUCUCCCAUCGAUCUCUACUACUACCUGGGAAUCGCGUCCCUGCUCUUCACGGUCUACCUCGCCUCGGUUUUGAAGUUUGUGUUGCAGGAAUUCUGCAUUGUGUGCUUCGCCACCUACUGUUUGAACGUCAUUUGUUUUGUUUGCUUCUAUCUGGAAAGACGAGCGUGUGAAAGACAGAAGACGUCGGCAGUGCUGACCGGCACCGGUAGUAGGACGAAAGCAGAAUGAUAAUAUAGAAGAAAGUGGACGAGGACGAAAGAAAAAAUCAUGUGCUGGAAAUUCACUUCCACAAAGAGCUCAUCUCGCCAUUGAUGACGCGAUGUCAGUGUCCGAACCGGUCGUUUUUAUGUG